AUGGCCGAGCCUCGCGCUGAACCCCUCCGCCUCGGCACUGUUGCCCCCAACUUCAAGGCUGACACCUCUGCCGGCCCCAUCGACUUCCAUGAGUUUGUCGGUGACAACUGGGUCGUCUUUUUCUCUCACCCCGAGGACUACACUCCCGUCUGCACGACUGAGCUCGGUGCCUUCGCCAAGCUUGAGCCCGAGUUCACCAAGCGUGGUGUCAAGCUCAUCGGCCUCUCCGCCAACACCGUCGACAGCCACAACGGCUGGAUCAAGGACAUCGCCGAGGUUACCGGUGGUGACGUCAAGUUCCCCAUCAUCGCCGACAAGGAGCGCAAGGUUGCCUUCCUCUAUGACAUGCUUGAUUUCCAAGACACCACCAACGUCGACUCCAAGGGCAUUGCCUUCACCAUCCGAUCCGUCUUCGUCAUCGACCCCAAGAAGACCAUCCGCACCAUCCUCGCCUACCCCGCCUCCACCGGCCGUAACGCGGCUGAGGUUCUCCGCAUCGUCGACUCUCUCCAGACCGGUGACAAGUACAAGAUCACCACCCCCAUCAACUGGGUUCCCGGCGAUGAUGUCAUCGUUCACCCCUCCGUCAACAACGACCAGGCCAAGGAACUCUUCCCCGACUUCCGCAUCGUCAAGCCUUACCUCCGAUUCACCCCUCUCCCCAAGGAGAAGGUCACUGGUCAGCAGUAA